CUACCACCGCGUCAUCGAAUCGGCCGCUCGCUCUGCGGCAUGUCAGUCCGUUAAGAGCGUGAUCAGCACAAGAUAGCGCAGAGAUGAGCUCGCUCCUGUCAGUCUCGCGGCGUACAGCCAUCGCGAGACGCCAUAUCAUAUCUCAGCUCGACUCGUCAAGCCAAAGAACGCCGAUACAUCAUUAUCACCUCGCUAGCAGGUUGCAGACACGCUCGACCUUGCUCGCAUCCUCCGUAGCACCCUCACGACAUCUGCCCAGACAGGUCACAAUGUCACUCAUGGCUACCGGCGCCCGUCAUGCCUCUUUUUCUGCCGUGCCUAAAGCGUUCAUCAAGCUGGGAGUCAGAGCCAGCGUGGCCGUGGGCGGUGCAGCGGGCGUCGGUGCGUAUGCAAACUACAAAAUAGAAGGCUUUCGUACUGCUACCAGUGAGCUCUACAACAAUACCCUAGAGGCGGCCAGCAACGCGUAUGGGGAGGUCGCCCUGAGAGCAAGUGAUGCCAAAGAAUCCCUCACAUCUUUUGCACAAGGUGGCAUCGAAGGUCUCAAUAGCUUUGCGAGCGCUCGAGCGGAGGCUUUCCGCAAGUGGCGCGAAGGUGAUGGCUCGGAAGGCUCGUCAUCUGAUCCCGAUGGCGAUCCAGAGGAUCCGCUCUCCGGUCCCACGCUCGCAGGAGUAUCUCUCGGGCUUGCAUCAACAAUGCCGCUCGUUCUCGAUGCCGAUUCGAGCGAGAGCGCGUCGGACAGCUCAGCCGAUCUCAUGCUAUUGACCCGCAAGCUGAUCGAGAUCCGCACCAUAUUGCUCAGCAUAGAUCACGGAGAGUCACUGCAGCUGCCCAGUAUCGUCGUCAUCGGUAGCCAGAGCAGCGGCAAGUCAUCCGUGCUCGAAGCGAUCGUUGGCCGCGAAUUUCUGCCCAAGGGUAACAACAUGGUCACACGCAGGCCGAUCGAGCUCACUCUCAUCCACACACCGGCGACUGCUAACAACGCACAGCCCGACACAUAUGCCGAGUUCCCUGCCAUGGGCACCAGUCACCUCACCGACUUUGCCCAUGUCCAGCAGAUCCUGACAGAUGCCAAUCUGUCCGUGCCUGAAGCAGAAGCCGUUUCCGACAAGCCCAUCGAGUUGCGCAUCUACGGGCCACGUCUCCCUGAUCUUACCAUGGUCGACCUGCCGGGCUAUGUUCAGAUUGCCUCACUUGAUCAGCCUGAAGAACUGAAGGACAAGAUUGCAAAGCUCUGUGAUAAAUACAUUCGAGCGCCAAACAUCAUUCUCGCAGUCUGUGCUGCGGACGUCGAUUUGGCGAACAGUCCGGCCCUGCGUGCUAGUCGUCGAGUCGAUCCAUUGGGCAUGCGCACCAUUGGCGUCGUCACCAAGAUGGAUCUAGUCGCACCAGAGAUCGGCUCGCAAGUAUUGUCAAACGAACGGUAUCCGCUCGCGCUUGGCUAUGUCGGCGUCGUUUGCAAAGCAGCGGCAAAGCAACGCGAAGGUCGCUCGGUCGUCAGACGCUCCGAUGUUGAUCUCACAGGUACUGUCGUCCGACAAGAAGAUAGCUUCUUUGGACAGAACCGACAAUACUUCAGUCAGCCAGGAAUGCUGGUUGGCACAGAUAACCUGCGACGGAGACUGAUGCAAGUCCUCGAAGAAUCUAUGGGCAAUUCUCUGCACGGCAUCGCCGAAGCGGUCGCUGUCGAGCUCGAAGAAGCUAGCUAUCAAUUUAAAGUGCAAUAUAAUGACCGCUCCAUCUCUGCGGAGUCAUACGUGGCAGAAGUGAUGGACAAGCUCAAGCUGCGCAUUGGCGACCUUGCCAAGAGUCUUGACAAGCAGCAAGUGCGCAAGAUGCUCAAGCAGGCUCUGGAUGAUCGCGUGAUGGAAGUGUGCGCACAAGUCUACUGGUCCGAUGCAAAGACGCAGGAGCUUGUGAAGCUGGCAGGCGACCGCAAGCUCAAGCCGGAAGACCUCGAUCCGCAUUGGCUGUAUAAGCUUGAGGCAGCCUCCUCUGGCUUGACGAAGUCUGGCGUAGGUCGCAUUUCGACACAGCUGGUUGUCGAUACGAUCCGGUCGCGGAUCAACUUGCUGAUGACCGAGGAGCCGCUCAACUAUCAUCCCGAUGCAGCGGAGCGAGUGGCCGGCUUUGCAGAUGCCAUUCUGCGAGAUCGUUACACGCUCACUGCCGAUCAAGUGGAGAAUUGCGUGAAACCAUACAAGUAUGAAGUCGAUGUCGAAUCGAAAGAGUGGGAAGAAGGACGCCAGCGAUCUCUUGCGCUGGUCGAACGCGAGCAAGAGAUGUGCCAGAACUUCCUGGACGGUAUCAGGCAUACUGUUGGCGGCAGAAGACUCAAGGGCGCUGUCGAAUACGUCAGAAUGCUGGAAGACCGAGAGCGCAGGCGUUCCGCCCGUCGCUUAGCGGCUCGAAAUGCGGCAGCCGACGGGACUUCGAUCGAGGAUCUCAGUGCUGAGGACCUCAGCGAUCCCACGCGAGAAGUUUACAAUCCAGCCUUGGUCGGGAAAGCGCGUGAGGCGCUAUUCCUGAGCGACAGAUUGCAGAUGCUCAAGCUACGCGCUAAUGUGCUCAAAUCGGCGCGGUGCAAGUCGGGUCCAGACGCGAAAUCCUUUUGCCCAGAAGCAUUCCUUAACGUCGUGUCCGACAAGCUGGCGUACACUGCCGUUCAGUUCGUGAACAUCGAAUUGUUAGCAGAGUUCUUCUAUCAAUUUCCGCGUGACAUCGACACGCGGCUGGGCAACGAUCUGGAUCGCAACGAUAUUCUGCAAUUUGCUCGCGAGAAUCCUGCGAUCAAGCGCCAUCUUGAUCUGCAGGAUCGCAAAGAGAAGCUCGAGCUCGUGCACGACAAGCUCGAAAGCUUGACUCGUCUGCAACAAGACAGACUGGGUCCCGGACAUCCCGGUCGACAUACUGCCCAGCGGAAGGGCUUGCUUGGCUACUUUUCGAAAUGAUCACCUCUUAGUGUAAUAUGUUGUGUGCGUCUCGGAUAAUGUUGGUUGCUAAGCGUCGGUGAUCAGUUGAUAUCAAGCGGCUUGCACAUGGCCAGCAUGGUUUAUACUGGUGACUGGAAUGCAAACAAGGGCAGUAAGAUACAUUUCAAGUCAGGGAACUGAAUACAGCAUGCUGCGAGGGCCUAGAGCAAUAGCACGGGCAGAAAGCAUUUAUAGUUGUUGAGCUGAACAGCUGCACUGACCUUUACUAGAGCUUUACUAUCUCAAAAGAUGAUAUGUACUGCUGCCAUAACAUCGUGACCCUCAAGACCGCUGAUCGCAUGUCUACAUUGCGCGAGAGUGGCAUAAAUGCAUGAGCAUACAGCACGACUGGG